AUGGAUACUGUCGUUUGGUCCCUCAAUCCUGAUGGUGUUUUCACAAUUAAGUCUGCUUGGGAGUUGUGGAGAUACAAGCAGGACUCGGUUCCUUGGUUUAAUUUAGUCUGGGGUCAUGCUACCGUCCCCAAAGUUAGCUUCAUUGUCUGGUUGGCUAUCUAUGGCAAGCUGAAUACUAGUGAUAGACUCCAAUUGUUUGGAAUCCCUUCUAGUCUUACCUGUCCAUUUUGCCUUGAUUUAAAUGAAAGCCAUCCACAACUCUUUUUCGAUUACAACUUUACAUCCAGAAUUUGGCAUGUCAUGCAAGGUAAAUGCAAUGUUCAAUGGCAACAGGUCUCUUGGCCAGAGACUGUUAUUCUUGUCAACAGAGAGAGUAAAGGAAAGUCCAUGAAAUCCAUCAUCACUAGACUUUCUUUCCUCAGUACCGUGUAUCAUAUUUGGCUUGAAAGAAACAAUAGAGUUUUUAACAAAGAAUGUAAACCUAUAGAGGUUAUCAUUAAAUCUAUUGUGCUUAUGGUGAGAAAUAGAAUGUUAUCUGUUAGCAACAUUCCUAUUGCAACAGGUGAUGAUUGGUUCCUUGAUCAAUGGAAUCUUCCUAGAUCCAUUCUGAAGCCCCAUCCUUACAAUGUUGGGAGGGCUGCUGAGUGA